CCAGCUAACAAAACGAAAGUACAUAGCAGAUUGUACAUAGCUGAUGACGCGGAUGCCGAUAUAAAUCUGCAGAUGUCUAAUUAUCUUUAUUAUUAUUUUAUAAUACGUUAUUAGCGUAUUAUGUUAAUAAUUAUAUAACUUAUCUAAGUACUUGCAUCAUCCCAGUGGAUUCCCAGCGAGAGUGACAUCAGAUCGGGAAACCAGUAUAUAUAUAUCGAUGUAUCAGCAACUGAGCCAGACAUUUUCGCGCAUUUUCCAUUCCAACCAUUUCGGAGUUACUCUUUAUUUCCCUUCUAGUCACAAAUUAACUGCGGAACCAUGGCUGUGCAAAUAUAAAUUACUUUAAGUUUUGUAUUGACUACACUCUGGGACUUAAAUAACAAAUACUACAGUACUCCCUUGCCUACCUUGAGCAGUGUCACACAGAGACUGAUAACAUGGUUUCAGAAUCAGAACAUGCGCCUAUAGCAGAUCCCCUACUGUGCAGAACAAUGGGUGGGGAAAGUGUAGCUGGGUGCCCACAGCGCAUGGAAGGAGGAACUGGUGAUGAUCAAUGCCCACAGCGCAUGGAAGGAGGAACUGGUGAUGAUCAAUGCCCACAGCGCAUGGAAGGAGGAACUGGUGAUGAUCAAUGCCCACAGCGCAUGGAAGGAGGAACUCAUGGUGAUGAUCAACGCACCAGUUACUGUACCUGCUUAAUUUCUCCAAGAAAUUGCUCACGGAACCAUGAUCUCUACUCAACAUUUAUAAAAUCAGAUGCAUAUAUUGAUGGGUCCAACCCUCCAGUCAGGCGUCUAAGUAGUUCAUCUCAACCACUACAGAAAUCCAAGAUUUCUUCAUCAAAAAAUUCUAGCGGCUCGUGCAAUUCUGUGAUAAGAGGCUGUGAUACCAAUGCCUGUGAUAUACCGGUAGAUGUGCCAGUAUUCCAAAAAGUUGUUACAGCUAAAUGCAGCAUUAGAUGCAACCUUUCUACAUGGAUGACAUUUUUAUUAAUCUUUAGUCUGAAUUUCUAUAGUGUCCACACAAAAGGAGUGUUCAAAGCAGUUGACCCCAACUGUACCCAUAUAUGUGUUGCUCAGAGGGACUUCAACUUUAUUGGAGAUUGCCCACUAACCCACUGUGACUAUGAAUGCGCCGCCCAACGCUUCGCUAACCGGGUUGGUUUCCCUGAUGGAACCGAAUACCACUGUGCUCUUAAUCACAAUAAACCCACUGAGUACAACGAAACUUGGGCUGUGGUUCAAAAUUGCUCGAAAGGAGAGCAGCCAUACAUCAGUUUUUACGAAAAUACACGAGAGUUGCCACCAAACAAUGGGAAAAUAGUGUGUGACAAGUGUAAUGACACUAGGUACUACAACAACAAAGAAAGUACUCCUUCAAACACUUAUUAUAGGUGUCCGCUUCAGAAAUGGAAUCUAUGCACUCCUGACAACCAUAAACUCAAUUGUGGCAUAUCAUGGAAGGACAGAACAGAAUCUGAUGGAUUCUGUAGAUGUGACUAUGAACAUGGCUAUGCACCUUUUGGUGUGGAUGUUCCUAUGUGCUUUUCCUCAAAUGAAAAUUGUAUAAGAAAGAAUUGUCCAUCAGAGAACGAGUUGGUAUCAAACUACAGUUGUGUUCCUGUUUGUUCAGAAGGGCAUUACCGUGACAAGACCACAGGACAGUGUGUGCCCAUUUUAAAUCCUCCUAUGCCAUCUGUGGCACCUACAACCCUGACCACCACUGUUAAAACUCCGAGCCAGUCCACCCAUCAUCCUUUAUUAGUUACCUCCCCUUCUACAACUGAAGUCAAACAACCAACGCCUGCAGUUCAAUCGAACAAAGAGACCUUUAUUAUUAUAAUAAGCUGUGUCGCGACAAUAUGCAUUGUCGCAGUAGUUGUAAUAUGUUUUUUAUGGUGGCAGCGAAGGGAGAGGAACUUUUCAGAAGAGAAUAUAGAGCCUGAAGCAGAACAGUUACAAAGUGGGGUGACUACAGGGCAAGGUUCUGUUAACGCAACAGCGCAGACAGUACAUCAUAAAACAGAGAUACAUGUUCAUAAAGGACACUUUUUUCAAAUAGAGGGUGGCACUACCAAUAUUGAGACUCCUGGGACUAGGGGACGGAAUGGACAAAGGAAAAAGACACUCAUUGAAGAGAUGGAGCUUAGUGAUUUCAGUAUGAUGGAUGAGACUUCUGAUGCCACUCCUGAGAGAGAUAGAAGGAAACGAAACCAACAGAGUAAGGCUUCAGGCCGUGCUAAAUAUGAAGGUUGUUCUGAUGAUGAAGAGGCCGAGCCAUUUAUGUCACCACCUACCAAGCAAUCCAGCUCACUUCAUAAGCCGAACCAGAAAGAUCUGAACCCUGAAAAAGAUAGAGAUGAUCUUAAUGAUCAGCAGGAAAAACUUUCACACAAGAAGUCUGACUUGAAUGGUGAAGAUAGAUUUAGUUCACAUUUUGCACAACCUAAACAAAUUUCCCGGCCUAUACAGGAUGACAAAAUACCCAGCGAACAAAGUGGAAAUGAAGAUGAAAAUAUAGGUGUAAAUGUCACUGAACAAGGUGAAGAUAAUGAACAAAACAGAUUGCCUCCUGCUGGUGAGACAGAGGGUAUGCACAGGGUGGGAAGUGGGUUGUCAAGAACAGUUUCCCCUAUACCCGAUAUACCACAGGAGAGGAGCAUUAAAAUGGAUAAACCUGAUGUCAGAACGGAUGAGUUUAUGGAAGAUCUUGCACGUGAAUUACUGGAAGAAAUCAAACUGGAGCCUUGUGUGUCUUCAUUUAAAUGGUCUGAAGUGUUGGAAACGUUGCAACAUAUGGCUCAUAUCCGUGGAAUGGAAUUAUCAGAGUUGACCGAAGUCCCAACAGAUACUGUUCCUUUUACAGUUCAUAAAGAAGAGCAACAACAUUAUGAAGGAGUUCCAGAUGGGUUUGUUGCGUGCAAGUCAAGUGGUACCGAGAACUCCUGCCUUUACCAGAGUAUAAGUGUCUUGUUAAAGGGAAAUGAAAGUCUGCAGUGCAGGCUUAGAUUGGCAGCCUUUGUUUUUAUACUUCAAAAUAUUAAAAGCUUCAGACAGCAAGUAAUAAAGUACGGCAUGAUGGAUGCAGAAAAAGAACUGCAGGUUGUUACCAACUUCCUGCAAAGUGAUAUUGAUAUAAAGUCAUCAAACUUUUCGAACAUCGCCGAAGGAAUAACUCACGGAUUGAACGUUUUAGUACAGCAAACUGCGCAACUAGGAUGCGAUAGUAGUCCUUUCCAAGUGGAUUUCUUGUGUGGCGCAUUGAAAAGGGAUAUCAAGUCCUUCUACCAAAUCGAUUUAGUCCCUACAACAAGCUUCAUACCAUGGAUCCCCAUCAUUGAAGGCCAACAAACAAAUGAACAACAGCUUCAUAUAUUUUGGACUAGUUUAGAUAGUUUAAAGGGAGUCAGUGGAAGAAUGAAUCACAUUGUGCCACUGUUUAAAGUUGAUUGAUAUGACAAAGAGAACUAUUGGUUAUUUCAGUGUUGGAGUGCUCGAAUUAAAAGAAUGUUCACCCAAAUAGUUACGAGUGCUGAAAGUUUCACGUUGCAAAAUCUUUCACCCAUUUGCCUGUCAACAGAAAUCGAAAACAAUUGACUUUAUCAUAAUGAUUUGUCUUCUUGAUAAAAUCCAGAUAUAUUUAAAUGCAAAAUUAGUUGAAAAUAAAUGGUUCAGGACUUCGAAAAUUUACCUCGAUGGUUAAGCAUUUUCAUUUGUUAACCCACCGAUUGCAUACCUUUUUCUUUUCAAGUUUAAAUGAUAUAACGAUGGUGUCAUGUUUUGUUUAUUUAUUAAGCACAGACGGUGUUUUGGAGUUGCUACGUGGUACAGGGUAGAGUAUAUUGUAAUUGUUUUACAAUAUCAUCAGAAAAUUUAUUCAAUUAGAAUUAAAUGUACAGAUUUGAAACUUCAAAAUUCAUAUUUUUAUAUACAUGUAUUGACCUAUUCUGUAUUCGGCAUUUGUUGUAUUGUUUUAUUCUACGUCCCAGCUGACGCUAAAAUUAAACACAGACUCGUAUUCGAAUCAAAUGCAUUAGAAUGAUGAAGUAAUUACAAUAUCUUGCCAUUUUCAGUACAUUUCCACAUGAAAUAUAAAAAAACAAGCUACAGUUAUAUUGUUGACUGUGUAUAAUAUAAUGUUUCAUUAUAUAUUCAUCAUAAAUCCAAACCCAAUACAUAUCGCACAUAAAGUAACUCGUAUUGGGAGCAGGACUUUUCAACCCCAUAAUAGUUCAAACCCGUCUAAAAACAAAGAUUUUUCAACCCUUAGACAUCUAGUGUAUUCAACUCCAUUGCAAUACGCCUGUAUUCAACUCCGAUUAAGUAAAGUCAUAACACGUAUCAUUGCGCGUUUUAAAUUGACGUCAUAAAAAAGAGAGCGUCAUAAAAAAUCAUUUAUCGUGAUAUCAUGUGUCUUCAGUGAUUUAAACCAGUAAAGUAUAGUUGAAGGGGUUAUUACUUAUGCGUUUUGAUACGGAUGUCAUGUUCGACUCGCGUGGAAUUUUGCAGAUUUUGAUAUCCCUUGGCUUUCGCCUCGUGGAAUCCACUCGAGCCGAAUAUAACCUCAAGGAUCAAAGCGCAGUAGUAAUAACCCUAUUGUAUUGCAUGGUCAGUCUGACAGAGUAUAAAGUAUUUUAUUGGAUAUUAUAAAGAUGGAUCAACUUAAGAAAUCAAUAACUCAACAUCAUAUAAUGCUCAAGAAUACACGGAAUACUCAAGACAUGUUGAAAAUCAAAUACAUUAGUAUUGUAAAUAAUGUGUGAACACUUGAUUUACAUCAAUGCAUACAAAGCCACCAGCAUUUAGCUGUUAUUUAAGGUAAGAAUAGUGACUAUCUUGGGUUGUGUAGAUUUAGCCGCAUCGAUUUGUUUUACAUUGCAUGGUUUACUAUGUGUAAAACAGAUAUUUAUAGGAAUUGUUAUAGUGUUCAUAAUUUCAGCAAAAGUGUUCAUCGAGUUGCAAUUUAUUAGUUAUUUCUUCCAUAUUGACACUGAGGUGACCCUUCAUGAAUGCAGGACUUUUGUGAACCUCAGCCUCCUGGUUUUAAAAUCUUGACAAAUGUGAACAAAUUAUGAAGCUUGUCUAGACUAUAGUCUACUUUAGCUUUAUUCUUCAUGUACUGUUUUGUUCCAUUUCUAGGCAUGUGUUAGAUUAUGGACAAAUUCUAUUUCUUACUGUGAAAACCAAACUAGUUUAUUCACGCAAGUGUUUUAAAUCAGAGUUUAUCUGUCACUUAUUUAACUAUUUUGCUUAAAUCAUCUAUGCCUUUACUGUCUACAAAUGUGGUUGUAAAUUGCUAUUUUCAUUAGUCAAACCAGAUUUGUUUCCAAGAAUAUGUUUCUUAAAAUGUAAUAAUAUAAUUCAUAUCUGUUUGAGUUAACUAUUUUAAAGUAUAAUUGUGUUGACAAAAUUAAUAUGACGAGUUCCACACUACAUCUGGUAUGUUAAAGUCAAUGUUUGUCCAUGUUUUUAUGUUAGUAUGUUUUUCCAAAUCUUAAAUGUUUUCUUAAAUGCAUAGCAGACAUGUUAUGUUGGUUUAAUGCUGUCUCAAUGGAUGAAAGUCACAAGCUUUGUUAUGGUUAUUUGCUACAAAAAAAACAGCGUUUUUCAAUUAAGUUCACUUCGAUUGGGCAAAACAUUUUUAAACAUAUACAUAACUUUCUUCUUGAUGUUUAUAUCAGUUUAAUAAAAAAACAGCAAA